AUGUCGUCGACCGUAGCACCCAAGAUUGUGCUGUACUGGUUGGAACAAUCCAAGGCGCACCGAAUUCUGUGGCUGCUGGAGGAAAUAGGACUCAAGUACGACCUGAAGAUAUACAAGAGAGAGAACGGUCUCGCACCUGAGGAACUCAAGAAAAUCAAUGGCCUUGGCAAAGCACCGAUCAUCUCUGUCGAAGACCCAUCCCUGUCCCCCGAACCGAUCAUCCUGUCCGAAUCCGCUCUAAUAACCGAGUUCCUCGUGUCGAACUACGCCCCUCAGCUCGCACCCCCUCCGUCAGACCUCAAAGCGAACUUACGAUACAAAUUCUACCUCUACUACGCCGAGGGCGGCGUCUUCCAACCUCUCCUCGUGCACCACAUUCUCGACAUGGUCCACACCGCGUCCCCCUUCUUCAUCAAGCCCGUCGUCGGCGGGCUCCUCUCCCAGCUGAAAUCGCGGUGGCUGAACAAGGCGUACGACGACCACCUCGGCUACGUCGAGCGGGAGCUUGAGGGGAAGAAGUUCCUCCUCGGCGAGCAUUUCUCCGGCGUGGACUGCCUGCACAGCUUCAACUGGCAGAGCUUGGAAAAGCUCGGAGCGCUAAACAGUCAGCGGUAUCCGCGUUUGAUGGAAUAUUGGAAUGGGCUGCAGCAGCGGGAAGCGUACAAGAAGGCGCAAGAGAAAGUUAAAGGCCAUAAAGCCUUGCUGUGA